AUGGCGGUAGUAGCCAAGGCAAUGGUCCCACACGUCUCAUCAUCGGAAACAGAAGCCGCCGGCAAACCAUCCACUUUGACAGGGUGCAAGCUCUCGUCAUCUCCUCAAGUGGGCGAUGCAUUGCCGCGGACUACACGACCUGCCAGCCCGACAGUGAAGCUGCAAUACGGCCACUUCGACUUCCAAGCCUUUGCUCUUACGAAAGGUGAAAUGCGCUGUUGUUGCAACGUAGCUGAUUGGAGCUGGCAAGGAGAAAGUGCAGUGUUGGAUUACGAUGUGCGACGUCGAUCGAGCCGAGCGUCCAUAGAAAAUCUCUGCUGA